GAGUGUUAUCGCGGCGACCACGGCACGCACACGACAACGACGGACAAGGGACAGUGCUGACGCUUUGCGCUCGCCAUCGACUACUACUACCUCGAACGAACACUCGAACUGUUGAACUUUUGAACCGCUCGUUGUGACCUCGUUGCUCUCGUGCAAAUCGACGUCUCCACCUAACUUCGAUCUCGAACGAAACUCCCCACUUCUACACUCCCCUCCCUUCCUCUCGACGUUCCUCUCACGUCUCACGGCACACGCGCUCGCCCACACAGAAAAUGUCGGCCGUCCAGACCUUCGGCAAGAAGAAGACUGCCACCGCCGUGGCUCACGUCACCCCCGGCCGCGGCCUCAUCCGCCUCAACGGCGCCCCCAUCUCGCUCGUCGAGCCCGCUCUCCUUCGCUACAAGGUCUACGAGCCCGUCCUCGUUGUCGGCUCGGAGAAGCUUGCCAACCUCGACAUCCGUCUCCGCGUCAAGGGCGGUGGACACGUCUCGCAGCUCUACGCCCUCCGCCAGGCUAUCGCCAAGGGUGUUGUCGCCUUCUACGCCAAGAACGAGGACGCCGCCUCGGCCCUUGAGCUCAAGAAGACUCUGAUUGCCUACGACCGUACUCUCCUCGUCGCCGACCCCCGUCGCGCCGAGCCCAAGAAGUUCGGUGGUCGCGGUGCCCGUGCUCGCCGCCAGAAGUCGUACCGUUAAUCGACUCGCCCAGAUGGUUGUCUCUUAUUGGCGCCUGUUUACACAGGUCGUUGCAGGCUGCUGGGAGACGGCGAGAGUUCGCAGCAUUGGGGUAUGUAUAUCAUGACCACAGUA